AUGACGACUCCUCCCAACAUUGAUCCCAAGGAUAUUCAAGCAUGCUGGGCCAAAUAUCAGGACGAUAAGUAUGUUGAGGGCUGGGCCUCCCUCUGGGAUAAAGGUGAUAAUCUGCCCUGGGAUCGUGGCUUCCCCAACCCCGCGCUAGAAGACACCCUGGUUCAGCGAGCGGGCACCAUUGGUGGGCCCAUCGCCCAGGACGGUCAGAGGCGGAAGGCUCUGGUGCCGGGCUGUGGGCGUGGAGUCGAUGUACUCUUACUUGCGAGCUUUGGGUAUGAUGCAUAUGGCCUGGAGUGCAGCGCCACGGCUGUUGAUGCGUGUAAGAAGGAGGAGAAGGAGAAUCACAGCCGAUACCGCGUGCGAGAUGAGAAAGUUGGGAAAGGGAAAAUCAUCUUCUUUUUCUGUGCUCUUAAUCCAGAGCUUCGUCCUAAAUGGGCUCUCCGACACACCGAGCUCCUUGCUCCCUCGCCUACAGGCAAUCUGAUCUGUCUGGAAUCUCCUCGUCAUAAGAACCCCUUGGCCCCCGGCCCUCCAUUUGCCUCUCCCUCCGAAGUCUACCUAGAGCACCUGAGUUACCCUGGUGAGAAGAUCUCCUACAACGAUAAGGGUCUUAUCAAUGCGAACCCGCUGCGAGAGCCCAGCGAGAGGGGUCUGGAUAGAGUCGCGUACUGGCAGCCAGAGCGCACGCACACUGUGGGCCAGGGUGAGAAUGGGGUGAUCCAUGACAGGGUAUCCAUUUGGCGUCGACGUGACUAG